CUCCGCCAUGGCUUCCCCUCACAAGGCCAAGGACGUCUUCUCCUCCGACGAGGAGGGCGCGGCGGCCGGCGCCGAGGAGCACCGCAAAGUCAAGGUGUCCAGCCUGCCGUUCAGCGUGGAAGCGCUCAUGUCCGACAAGAAGCCCCCGCCCAAGGAGCCGCCGCUGCCCGCGGCAGGCGGCAGCGCCGACGGGGCGGCCGUGGGCACCUCCAGGAACCUGCUGCUGGCUGGGCACGGCUCCCGAGAGGAGCACAGCCCGCCCGGGGCUCUUACAAAAACCUUCGACACCGCCUCGGUCAAGUCGGAGAAUUCGGAGGACGGCUCGUCCUGGAUCCCUUCGGAGGCCGGGAGAUAUUCCCCGCCGCCAAGACACCUGAGCCCCACUGCCUGCACCCUGAGGAAGCACAAGACGAAUAGGAAGCCCCGAACCCCGUUCACCACUUCCCAGCUGCUGGCUCUGGAGCGCAAGUUCCGCCAGAAGCAGUACCUGUCCAUCGCCGAGAGAGCCGAGUUCUCCAGCUCCCUCAACCUCACAGAGACCCAGGUCAAAAUCUGGUUCCAGAAUCGGAGAGCCAAGGCCAAGAGACUGCAGGAGGCCGAGCUGGAGAAGCUCAAAAUGGCAGCGAAGCCCAUGUUGCCGUCGGGGUUCAGCCUCCCUUUCCCCAUCAACUCCCCGAUCCAGGCUGCCUCCCUGUACGGCACAUCCUACCCUUUUCACAGACCUGUGCUUCCCAUCCCGCCCGUUGGACUCUACGCCACUCCCGUUGGAUACAGCAUGUACCACUUAUCCUAAGAAGAUCCCACAGACAGAGCCUCAGACAGACAGACAGACAGACAGACAGACUUCCUGGUGGAUCCUGUCCAGCCCCGAGAAGGCAGAAACCCCAACCAGUACCGGCCAUUCCUUCUGCGCGCUUCUCUCUGGCAUCCUGAGUUUUCUGGGAGUUUGCUACGGGUUGGGCGUCUCCUGAGAGUGCUCUGAGCGCUCCAGAGUCCGCUCCUGAAAG